AUGUAUUCAGCGUUUCCUGCCGGGAUUCUUCAACCGCCUUUCUUCAGCGGCUCGUUUCCUAAAGCUGUGAACUACGGCGCCAUUGGAGCUGUUAUCGGGCAUGAAAUCACUCACGGAUUCGAUGAUCAAGGUUCUCAGUAUGAUAAGGACGGCAAUUUGCAUAACUGGUGGAGCACUCGUUCCCUGGAGGCUUUUGACGAGCGGAGACGAUGUAUUGUUGAGCAGUACGGCAACUACACUGUACCAAAAACCACAUAUAAAGUGAACGGCAAACUGACACAAGGAGAGAACAUAGCCGAUAAUGGCGGAGUCAAGGAAGCUCUCAAGGCUUACAAGAAAUACGUUGCGACGAAGGGUGAAGAGGCGCGUCUGCCAGGACUUCAGCACUACACCAACACCCAGAUAUUCUUCCUUAGCUACGCUCAC